CACUCCUUCAUCCUGUGUUUUUAACUCUCACCAUCACCAACUCACAGUCCUCCUUCAGAGAGAGAGAGAGCGAUUUUGAAGGGGAGAGAGAACUAGCAUUGAUCAGCCAUUAAUGUUCUUCAGCACCAGAGCGUGAAUAGUCCUUUGCUUUUUCGCCUUUCUCUUGCUUUACCGCGCACACGCUGCAACUUCGACCCCUCUCCGCCUGUCUAUUUAUAUAGAGCUUUAAUUUUGAUACAGCUGCCCACUGUGUGCCAACAGCGAGGGAGCAGAUGGAGCUCAGCAAGGUGACGCUGGAAAUCUUCUCCAAAUUGGAACAGAAAUGGCUUUCUCACUGUGAAACCUCCAAGAAAACUCGCAUUCUCAGUAUCGACGGUGGAGGAACCACCGGCAUUGUAGCCGGAGCCGCCCUCCUCCGCCUCGAGGAACAGAUCCGUCUCCAGACCGGCGAUUCCGACGCUCACAUAGCCGAUUUCUUCGACAUCGUUGCGGGCACUGGCAUUGGCGCCAUCCUCGCCGCCAUGAUCACCGCCGACGAUGGCUCCGGCAGGCCUCUCUAUACUGCUAAGGACGCCGUCCACGUCAUCACCGAGAGGAAUUCGGAACUCUACAGGCCUACCGCCGGAGUGUUUCGCCGGCGCCGGAGACUUUCUUCCAGGAGCAUGGAUAGCGUGUUGAAGCAACUCUUCCAGAGAAGAGAGGACGGAAAGUUGUUGACCUUGAAGGACACGUAUAAACCCCUGCUCAUCCCUUGCUUUGACCUCAAGAGUUCGGCGCCAUUCGUGUUUUCCAGGGCCGACGCGUCAGAAUCGCCGAGUUUCAACUUCGAGCUCUGGAAGGUAUGCCGCGCUACCACAGCCACGCCCAGCCUCUUCAAGCCCUUCCACUUUACUUCCGUCAACGGAAAGACCAGCUGCUCAGCAGUGGACGGCGGCCUGGUGAUGAACAACCCAACGGCGGCGGCGGUGACGCACGUGCUACACAACAAGCGGGAUUUCCCGACGGUUAACGGAGUGGAGGAUCUCCUGGUACUGUCCCUAGGCAACGGCGCGUCAGGCGGAACACGGGGGCAAAAAAUAAGUGACAAUGGGGAGUGUUCGACGUCGUGCGUGAUCGACAUUGUGGUGGAUGGAGUCUCCGAGACGAUCGACCAAAUGUUGGGGAACGCCUUCUGUUGGAACCAUACGGAUUACGUAAGGAUCCAGGCGUUGGGUUUGGGAAGGACGAGAGAGGAGGUGCUGAAAGAGAGAGGACUAGAGUCACUAGCGUUUGGGGGAAAGAGGUUGCUGAAAGAGAGUAACGAACAGAGAAUCGAUAGCUUCGUGCAGCGUCUUGUCGCUUCUGGAAAGUCCAGCCUCCCGCCUAGUCCCUGCAAGCAUUCCGCCGUUACUCCUCUCGCCGUCGCUGAGGCCCGCUAGUUCUAUUCUUUCUUUUUUUUUCUCCCUCUCUUUCUUGGGGUUAGAUUUUAACUUUGUACCUUGUAAGUUGUAAUGUUGUAAGUUGUAACCUACCUCAGGUUAUGGCCCAAGAAAAGAAAUGAAAGCCUCAGGUUUUUUA